CCACCUCGAAAUCUCUUCUUCUUUGUUUACUUGUUUUCCUCCGUAGGAAGAACAACAACGACAACAACAAUUUGACAGAUAGCAUACGUUACUUCAACCUCAUCUCAUCUCAUCUCACUCAUCUCACUCAUCUCAUCUUAUCGAUCCCAAUUCCUAGGAACCUACCACAGCAAUGCCACCUAGACGCCGAGCACCGGCUCAAACCCUCAGCGCGCGAAUCGAGUCCACCGAUGAGGGGAGUGGUGGGGUUGAAGUUCUUCCCAAAAAAGCUCCCGUAAAACGUUCUACCAGGAGGUCCGCCACCGCUUCCGUUACGGUCGAGACGGCUGCAGCGGCUGUGGACAAGGGAAAAAAAAAACUAACGGCAACAGCAGGGGGAGGAGGGAGAAAGAAGAAAGCUGCAGUGAAUAGAGUCGAAGAACCGACUGAAGAUGAGGACGCUCCUGGUGAUGUGAGAGAAGAAGAGGGUGGCGAAGAUGAUGAGGAAGAUCUAUUGGAAGCUGCGCCGGUAAAGAGCAGGAGCAAGGUGUCUACGGCUGCUGGGAAGAAAGCUACAACGGCAGCAGCAGCAGCAGUGAAGUCUAAGCCGAAACGUGGGGCUAAGAAGGUUGAAGUUGAAAUUGGGGGGGAUGAUGAAGAGAGGGAGGCGACGGAAGAGGAGAAGGAGGUUCCGGCGCCUGUCAAGAAAAGGGGUGGGAGGAAAGCUGUACCGGUGGAGGCUGCUAUUCCCGUUGUGGUGGCGGCAGCACCAGUAGCGGAAAAGAAGAAGCGCAUGACGAAGAAGGAGAAGGACGCUGCCGCUGCCGCCGCUAAGAAAGCGGAAGCGGAAGAGCAAGGGAAGGAGAGGGAGAUUGCCGAGACACAGUAUACGCCUAUGCAACUUGAUAAGGACGCCGUGGAUGGUGCGGACGAUUUGAUGGAGGUUGAAGCGACACCAACACAAGCCCACUCCGCCCCCACCGUUGCUUCGAAGAAGGCGGCUGCUGCUGGGAAGAAGGCGGGUGCAUCAAAAGCUAGGGGUAGGGCCGCAAAAAUUACUGAGCCCGAGGUAGUUGAGGAAGGCGAGGACGACGACGAUCUGGCACUUCCAGCGAAACCUCCAAUUCCCGUCCCCCCAAGGCGAGCUGGUCGUAGAGUCGCAAGUAGCGAAGUGGUGCUAGUAGCCGCGGGGGCGGGAGCAGAUACCGAGACAGAAGCCUACAAAUCCCUCAAAAAAGCCUUCCACGAAUUGGAAACCAGGCAUAAAAAACUCGAGUACGUGCGUGAGACAGAAGUUGAGCAGACAUUCGCAAGAUAUAAGCAGAAUGCCGAGAUUAGGGCUAAAGAAGCAAACAAACUCAUCGACUCCCUCCAAACUGAUCUGAACGCUCAAGCCCUCCUAUCCAGCGAAUCCAAAACCCUCAAGAAGAAACUCACUUCGAAGGAAGCCGAAGUGGCGAAGUUGCAAAGCAAGGUUCAGGAAUUGCAAAGGGGUCUGCAAGAGCAGCAGAAUGAAGCAAAAGUUCUGUCGGCGAAGUUGAUUGUUGCGGAGAAUAAUAGCAAACGUGGCGCUGUGGCGAUUCCGGGGAGUGCGGUAAAGCCGAAGGGCGGUAUUGGUGGCGGUGGCGGGGGAAUGGCGGGUGCAGGGCAAGCGGCGGAGGAAGCGUGGAUUGCCAAGGUCAAGGAGGAGUUAUUCCAAGACUUGACCGGGCUACUGGUCAUGAAUGUCAAGAAGGAAGGGAAAAGGACGGUGUUUGAGUGUUUGCAGACUAGUUCUACCGGUGGUUUGUCCCUUCUCCCCCCGGUUCCUAUAUAUGAUAUAUACAUCCAUCUAUCUAUAUAUGACUAA